AAGAAAAGAAAAAUAAAAGAAAGCAAACAUUGCUCAAAUUGAAAAUGUUGAAUUCAAAGAGACGGAAGAAGGAACUUCUACUGUCAGUUCUCAUGGUAGUUCUUCCACAACAACGACUGCUCACGAUAGUGCCACGAGUUUUACCCGAGCGGCGUACGAUAUAUUACAACGUAAUACUGAUUCUCAGGUACAUGCUCGUGGUAACCAUGCUUUCACUAAAAGGCCUGACGAUUUUCUUGAAAUGCCAAAGAACUCUCAGUUGGCUUAUUGUUCGAAUUCUGAGAAUUCAAGUCUUUCUUCCACAAUGGCGAAAUCCAACGUUGAGAACAAGGAGAAUGAAACAGAUGAACAAGUGGCUCGAUUAACAAAGAAAAGCCUGGAAGCUUUGCAUCUUGAAAACGAGUUUAAAACUGAGAAUGAUUUGAAAAAAAUCAUUCUUUGACAACAUCUUUGCAAUCAGGGCAUUACACUGACUCAUCGCUCUUGUCGGAGGAAGAAGUGUGUGAGCCUCUUGUUGAUAUGAACAGCGGUGUAUCUCUAAUUCCCGUUGUUUGCCCUGAUGACGAUAAAGGAGUUAGGGGUCUAGCUAUGUCAGAUGAAAAUGAGCGAUUUACUGUUGCACCUGAGACGUCACGACAUUUAGUUCAUUCAAUAAAUGAUUCGCCCGUUUCAAGUAUUUACACUGAUGAAGACGUCGAGAAUGAUGCAAGUUUAGCAAUUGGGGCAACUGUUGCAGCGAUAUGUGCCACCCGUGAUGGUAGCAUAGAAAUUAAUGAUUACUCAGGAUCGUCAUUGGUCAGAACCAUGGGUGAUGGUUGUAUGAAUCCAUCAGAGGAAUAUCCAUCAGGCAAAGAAAUGACUUCAGAGGAAUUAAAACAGGCGAUUGUAUCGAUGAUGUUAAGAAAGAUGAAGUUGAAGAACAACAGAUGUCUGUUGACCUGUUCGUUUUUGCUCUUUAGUGAAAAUGAUUUGCUCAAACACCAACUAAAGAAAUACGUGGGUGCUGUUCAAUCGUUGAAAAGAAAUGACAUUAUGGAAGAAGCUCCAGAAAAUGAAAGACUUUCUUCUAUCAUUCUUUCUCCGGAAUCUGACGUCGACGAAGUGAGAAAGGAAGAAAACAAAGAUUUUGAGCGGAAGUUGAUCCAAGUCGCUGAUAUGCAUGGCGAACUUAUUGAACUCAAUGAAAGACUACAAAAAAUGUUGAAUGCUCGUGAAUAUCAGCUAAGAAUAUUAAAAGAAGAGCUUGUCAAUCUUAGAGGACCGCUUCCUCAGGACGAUAAUCAUGAUAAAUGUUUAUAUUUGACGGAGUUUGCUCCAAAUUUCAUGUCUGUCAAUACUCGUCCUUUAAUUAACAUUUGGAUUCCAUCUGUUUUUGUACAAGGAAAGUCUCCAAACAUUCACCAUUCUUAUCAGGUUUAUAUCCGUAUCAAAGACGAUGAAUGGAAUGUUUACAAAGAUACUCGGAUUUUUAUGCCC